AUGCAAUUGACUUUGAUUGACAAAAACGACAACGUCAAUGGAGCACAAAAAUUGUUGGGGAUUCUGAUUGCUGUUGGUGAGGCUCUUGCUUAUGUGCUCUCUGGGAUGUAUGGUAGCGUUGGGCAGCUUGGUGUUGGGAAUGCUCUUCUCAUUAUCAUUCAGCUAACUUUUGCUGCCAUUAUUGUUAUUUGCCUCGACGAGCUUCUCCAAAAGGGAUACGGUCUAGGCUCUGCCAUUUCCCUUUUCAUUGCUACCAAUACCUGUGAAAAUAUCAUAUGGAAAGGAUUUAGUCCAACCACGAUCAACAGCGGUAGGGGUGCUGAAUUUGAAGGUGCUGUUGUUGCUCUAUUCCAUCUUCUCGUCACUAGGACGGAUAAAAUUAGCGCUCUCCGAGAGGCUUUCUAUAGGCAGAAUCUGCCUAAUCUUACCAGCUUGCUCGCUACCGUUUUGAUCUUUUUGAUCGUGAUAUAUUUUCAAGGAUUUCGUGUGGUUCUGCCUCUCAAGUCUAAGAAUGCCCGUGGUCAACAAGUGUUUUACACAUCGAACAUGCCGAUUAUUCUGCGAUCCGCGCUUGUAUCCAAUCUUUAUUUCAUCUCUCAGUUGCUAUACAAGAGGUUCAGUGGGAACUUAUUGGUAAAUCUUUUAGGAAUAUGGAAAGAAACCGAAUACUCCAGUGGUCGAUCUAUUCCAAUUGAUGGUCUUGCUUACUAUGUGACACCUCCAUCAAGUUUUGCCGAUAUCGCAACCAAUCCUUUCCAUGCUCUAUUCUAUAUCGUAUUCAUGCUUUCAGCAUGUGCUCUCUUCUCGAAGACAUGGAUUGAGGUUUCGGGGUCUUCUGCCAAAGAUGUUGCUAAGCAGCUCAAGGAACAACAUAUGGUUAUGCCAGGACACUGUGAUUCAAACUUAGAAAAAGAAUUGAAUCGCUACAUUCUGAUAGCAGCUGCCUUUAGAGGAAUGUGCAUUGGAGUACUCGCAAUAUUGGCGGAUUUCAUGGGAGCAAUUGGCUCCGGAACUGGAAUUUUGCUUUCUGUGACUAUUAUUUACCAGUACUUCGAGAUAUUCGAGAAAGAGGGCCAGUGAACUUGGAAUCUUUGAGUAGCUUGUACUAGGAAAUAGUUAGUGUAAAAAGCAUAUUCU